AUGACAAGCAGCUGCUGCUUGUGCAAGUGCCUGCACUGGGCGCCGGUGAAGGCUUCAAGUGAAGCCGGAGUGCAGAAGGAUGAGGCCAUUGUCUCGGCCCGACUUCGUGAAGUCUUGGAGAAGGAGAAGGUGAAAAGUGAAGAGUCCCAAAAGGCCGCUCGAGAGGCUCGCAAGGCCUUGGAUCUGUGCCUCAUGGAGACGCACGGAUUCACUGCGGAGAUCUUCGAUCUCAAGGCCCUGGUGAAACAUGGAGCGAUGUUGCUGCGCCGUGUGGAAACGGCCAUGGACAACCACAUGGAAGCCUGUCCCCGCCGUGUGGUGAUUGUCUCAUCACGCCAAGGAGACUGCUGGCACUACCCUGAGUGCCACAUGGUUGAGCAGAUGGCGGAUCGCGACCGCCAGUCCCUGCGCUGCUGCGCCUACUGUGGCGACAAGUG